GAGAGAGAGCAAGGAGUGUGUAUGAGUGAGAGAGAAUGGUCACAAGUUUCAGACGAGUGUUUCCAUACUUGUCAACUGCAGAUGACAAAAGCAGUGUCCUCUCAAGAGAGUAAAGCACACACACCGGACACCACUGGCAGCUGAGGUUAAUCGUGAGCAGAAGCAAUCACUGAACAUGGAUCCCAUCUCUCUGCGGGUAUACAUGGCCCUGAGUUUACUGGUGCAAUGUGUAUCAACUGGUCCCAUCAUGGGCUUGGAAGAUGAUAUGCCUUUAUAUGACGAAGUCCUCUCUGAACAGGAUGGGGUUGAUUUCAACUCCCUGCUGGAAACAAUGAAAGAUGACUUCCUGAAGACACUCAACCUCUCUGGGAUCCCAGUGCAAACACCUGUUAUGGUGGAACCACCAGAAUACAUGCUGGAAAUCUACAACAAAUUUGCAAUGGACAGGACCACAAUGCCUUCAGCCAACAUUGUUCGCAGCUUCAAAAAUGAAGAUUUUUCUGUGCCGUACAGUGACGUCCUGGAUGUGAAGAAAUACCCUCUACUUUUCAACGUGUCUGUUCCUCACCAUGAGGCAGUAGUAAUGGCUGAGCUUAAGCUGUACAUAUUGGUUCCAAGAGACAGGGUGCCGUAUGAUGGAAUAGGCAGGAAAAUCACUGUUUAUGAAAUGCGCAGUGAUGAAGAAGGAGCGGGGAAGGCAGUGGAACUGUCCUCCAGGCUGGUGUACAAAACCAACAGUGAGUGGGAGAUGUUUGACAUCACAGAGGCUGCACGACGCUGGAACCGGUUAGGAUUGACUACUCAUAUGCUGGAAGUCCAUGUACAAACUCCCGACAUUGACCUGGAAGAUGCUGGUCAAGGACAACUGGACAUAGACGUGAGACCGGAGACUAAGCAUGAACCAUUACUUGUGGUUUUUUCAGAUGAUCAAAGUAGCGAAAGAAAGGAGGAGAAGGAGGAACUGAAUGAGAUGAUCAGCCACGAACAGGCUUUAGACCAGGAGAACUUUGAAUUUGGGGGAAUAGGUAAUAUUCCCAGUGAGGAAUCCUUGCUGCAGAUGAGGUCAAACAUUAUCUAUGAUGCCAGCUCCCGCAUCCGAAGAAAUGCCAAGGGAAAUACCUGCAGGAAGACCUCACUGUACAUUGAUUUCAAGGAAAUCGGAUGGGACUCUUGGAUAAUUGCCCCAACAGGUUACGAGGCAUACGAGUGCCGAGGCGUGUGCUCCUACCCUUUGACAGAAAAUGUCACGCCAACCAAACACGCGAUUGUUCAAACUCUGAUCCACAUGAAGAACUCUCAAAAGGCAGCAAAAGCUUGCUGUGUCGCAACUAAACUGGAUCCCAUAUCCAUCCUGUACAGGGACGCAGGAGUAGUUACUUACAAGUUCAAAUAUGAGGGUAUGGUAGUGUCAGAAUGCGGGUGCAGAUAGUAGUUCUUGGUGGGAGAUGGCUACUUGUAAAUUUGUACAUUUUGUAUUUCCUUAUUUAAAGAGUUUAUUUAAGAUUGUGUGUACAGAUAAUAUAUGUUUCUACAGGGCAUAUUUAUCAUUCAAUAUUUGCGGGAUAUUCCCUUAAAACAGAUGUUUUGGUGAAUACCCACAAAUAUUCAGAUUCCCCAGAUGCACCAUAGAGGGAUCACAGCAGAUACCUCCAAUAUCUACCGCGGCCCCUUCAUUUCCGACUGCGAAUGCAGCCCUCAUAAGUUUCUAUGGGGGCUGCAAUGCAGUUGGAUUUACUAGGUUGGCGUUAGCCAAUGGGCUACUGUUUAGCAAAAUCUUCCAGGGAGGGAUCUCUGGCUGCAGAGGAACCCAAAUCAGGAAGCAGCAUUAUGUUAUCACACUGUUACCAGCUUACGUCAGGAUGGACUCUUAUCUGAGCCCGUCUCCAGGAAAGAGAUAAAUAGUGAAUUUGAGUGAAAAUAUUCCUUUUCACGUUGCAAAUUUAUGCAAAAAAGAUUUAUCACAUCCGCAUUAAAAAUGUGUAUUGUGAUUAAUAUGCCCCUAAAAUAUGGCACUAUGUGGUGCAAGGCAAAUAGGGCACGGUCCGGCCUGCUCACAUAGAGCUGCCAGGUAUCCUUCCGCAUUGCACUGCACCAUGGUUCUGUAAAUUAA